AUGUUCGUGAAUAAGACGGGAGGAGGAGACAGUACGACCCUACAGCACAUCUCCUGUGCCAGACACCGCCAGAGACCCCCAGACACCGCCAGAGACCCCCAGACACCGCCAGAGACCCCCAAACACCGCCAGAGACCCCCAGACACCACCAGAGACCCCCAGACACCGCCAGAGACCCCCAAACACCGCCAGAGACCCCCAGACACCAUCAGAGACCCCCAGACACCGCCAGAGACCCCCAAACACCGCCAGAGACCCCCAGACACCGCCAGAGACCCCCAGACACCGCCAGAGACCCCCAGACACCGCCAGAGACCCCCAAACACCGCCAGAGACCCCCAGACACCAUCAGAGACCCCCAGACACCGCCAGAGACCCCCAAACACCGCCAGAGACCCCCAGACACCAUCAGAGACCCCCAGACACCGCCAGAGACCCCCAAACACCGCCAGAGACCCCCAGACACCGCCAGAGACCCCCAGACACCAUCAGAGACCCCCAGACACCGCCAGAGACCCCCAAACACCGCCAGAGACCCCCAGACACCGCCAGAGACCCCCAGACACCGCCAGAGACCCCCACACACCGCCAGAGACCCCCACACACCACCAGAGACCCCCACACACCGCCAGAGACCCCCAGACACCGCCAGAGACCUCCAAACACCGCCAGAGACCUCCAGACACCGCCAGAGACCCCCAAACACCGCCAGAGACCCCCAGACACCGCCAGAGGCCCCCAGACACCGCCAGAGACCUCCAGACACCGCCAGAGACCCCCAAACACCGCCAGAGACCCCCAGACACCGCCAGAGGCCCCCACACACCGCCAGAGACCUCCAGACACCGCCAGAGACCCCCAAACACCGCCAGAGACCCCCAGACACCGCCAGAGGCCCCAGAAACCGUCAGAGAAUUGUCCCCUCACCUUAAUCGACUCCUAGACCUUAAUCGGCUCCUAGACCUUAAUCGACUCCUAGACCUUAAUCGGCCCCAAGACCUUAAUCGACUCCAAGACCUUAAUCGGCUCCUAGACCUUAAUCGGCUCCUAGACCUUAAUCGACUCCUAGACCUUAAUCGGCUCCUAGACCUUAAUCGGCUCCUAGACCUUAAUCGACUCCUAGACCUUAAUCGGCUCCUAGACCUUAAUCGACUCCUAGACCUUAAUCGGCUCCUAGACCUUAAUCGGCUCCUAGACCUUAAUCGGCUCCUAGACCUUAAUCGGCUCCUAGACCUUAAUCGGCUCCUAGACCUUAAUCGACUCCUAGACCUUAAUCGGCUCCUAGACCUUAAUCGGCUCCUAGACCUUAAUCGUCUCCUAGGCCUUAAUCGACCUUUGACUUUAAUUAACCCCUAG